AUGGAUGAUAUAGAUAGAGCCUCUUCCUCUAGUUCAGAAGAAGAUUUUCAAGAUUUUAUGACGUUUCUUAAUAAAUGUAUUGGUGCAAUUGAUGGCACACACAUAAGCGCACAUGUUCCUGCUGACAAGCAAGUUAGCUAUAGAGUUAGAAAAUCUAUAGUGACUCAAAAUGUUUUAUGUGCAUGCAAUUUUGACAUGAUGUUUAUUUUCGUUUAUGCUGGUGAAUAUUAUGUUGUUGAUUCUGGAUUUCCAUGUACCGUGGGUUUUCUUCCUCCAUUUCGAGGUGAAAGAUAUCAUUUGCAAGAAUACCAUGGUAGAGGUCGCCAACCAAGAGGACCAAAAGAAUUGUUUAAUUAUAGGCAUUCUUCACUUAAAAAUGUUAUUGAACGUUGUUUUGGUGUAUUGAAAGCGCGGUUUCGAAUUUUAAAAAUGAUGCCACGUUAUAAACAAAGUAGACAACCUUCGAUAGUUAUAGCUUGUUGUACACUACAUAAUUUCAUUCGAAACUGGGCACAAAAUGAUGUUAUGUUUAGACAAUGGGAAGAAGAAGAACAAGAGAUUGAAGAUGAAGAGGCUGGUACAAGUGGAUCAAAUAAUAGUAUAGAUUUGUCAGACGAAAUAGCAACAACUAUGGUAGUUUAUCGAAAUCAGCUUUCACAAGUAAUGUGGCAUGACUAUGUUAGUAAUAUGUAA